AUGGGGUUAAUCAAGAAGGUCACUACUUGGAGUUAUGACGAAUUGAUCGAUUAUGUUUCUGUGAACCCAACAAGGGACGAAGUUACCCAUUAUAAAGUAGAUCCGCAAAAUGAAGCUGACGAUUCUAUCAUGAAAAUGCAUACAGUUAAAGAUUUUGGUAGUAUUACAUGCUUAGAUUUCUCUGAUUUUGAAGUUGGGCUAGUUGCAGUGGGUGAAAAAGGAGGGUACGUGAGAUUAUUUAAUAUUAUGAUGGCUGAUAACCCUGAAUACGAAUCGAUUGAUAUGAGAGCUAGAGCUAAACAGCAACGUUGUGUUAAUACACUUGGGGUUAACAGCAAUGGGUUAGUUGCAAUGGGUCUUGAUAGAAAUAGAAAUGAUCCGUCCUUACAAAUUUGGGAUAUCAAUUAUCAAAAUACCAGCUCUAGUAUCGUUAAUCCCACUUUCUCCUACUGCCCCAAUGAAAACAUCGUAUCAUCUAAGUUUUUGAAUGAAACUGGAAUAAUUGUAUCGAGUACGAAAUUUCUAAAGGAAAUUGAUAUCAGAGCUCCACAACCCAUAUAUCAACAUCCUACGAGACUUUCUUACGAUAUUAAAUUGAAUCCAUUUAAUGAAUAUCAAUUCAGCACUUAUGGCGAUGAUGGCACUUUAGCAAUUUGGGAUAAGAGAAAAAUUGCUGGUUCAGCGGCAUCUACAGAGUUGAAAGUGGCAGAACCAUUGUUGGUAUUUGAAAAAUUGGUAGGUAUUGGUGCUGCUUCUAAGAAAUAUAUGAAUUCGUGUUUCCGUUGGUCUACCGUUCGUAACAGAGAGUUUGCUACCCUUCACCGAGGUGACAUGAUUAAAAGAUGGUGGUUAGACUCAUGUGGAUCCAAAGAGGAAGAUGGUGAUGAUGUGGAAGGGCUAUUUGUAUCGAGAGUUCGUGAUAUUAACACUACUUUUGAUAGAGUGCUUACUUUUGAUUAUAUUCCUCAACAUAACUAUCAAACGAGUUUGCUUUGUAUGAGACAAUCAGGUACCGUUUAUCGAAUGCCUGUAACUCAGAGCUACACAAAGACUUCCUUCAACAAUUAUAAUUCAUUGAUGCUCUCUAAUUGCGAAGUACCAGAUAUGGAUGAAAUUCGAAUUACAAGUGGGAACCAAAAGUCAAAUGUAGAAAACGUUAAUAAAUCAAUGAGGAGAUUAUCUUUUGAAGACUUGGAUCUAGAAAAUGAUUAUUUACCGAAUACAGAGGAAAGUGAUGAAGAUCGCGGAUCUUUAGAAGUUACAGACGAUGAGGAGAAUAGUUAUUUAGGCAUGAAUAAUUAUUCCAUUCUUUGGAAACCUGAAAAUUUACUAGAAAAGGACAUUAGUGUGAUAAUUAAAGCCAGAGCCAUGUUAGGUUAUGGAUUGGAUCCUAUGGCAACUGUACAAAUGAUUGAUGGAUCUAAGACACUCCAAAACAAUACGUAUAUUAGAAAUACUUGGAGAUGGAUCGCCAUUGCCAAAGCAGCUGUAGAUGAUGGAACCAUGGUUUCAGGAGAUCUAGAUCUCGGUUACGAAGGUAUCAUUGGGAUUUGGGACGGAUUAAGAGGUAUUUCAAAUCAAAAUCGAUUAAGGGAAGGUAGAAUACUGAAUGACAAGCACUUGGAAAAAGAGAUUGAAAAAAUCAUUAAACUGCGUAGGAAGCACAAACAGGGCUUAGGUACGAAAAGUGGUUUUUCUAGAUUUGCAGAUUCACCUAAAUUGACCCAAAGAAAACUAUGUCUCGUUAUAUCAGGAUGGGAUUUAUCUGCCUCCGAUUUUGAAGAAAAAUAUCAAAAUAUUAUCAAGACAGGAAACUAUGAGAAAGCAGCAGCUUGGGCGGUUUUCUUUGGAGACAUUCCCAAAGCAGUAGAAAUUUUAAGUUCUGCCAAGAAGGAAAAAUUAAAUCUAAUUGCAACUGCUGUAGCUGGUUACAUGGCCUACAAGGAUCAACCUGGUAAUAAUUCUUGGAGGCAACAGUGUAGGAAAAUGUCAGCAGAAUUGGAAGACCCUUAUCUAAGAGUGAUAUUUGCCUUCAUAGCGGAUGACGACUGGUGGGACAUUCUUUACGAACCUGCCAUAUCAUUAAGAGAAAGACUUGGUGUAGCAUUAAGAUUCUUAAAUGAUAUCGAUUUGAGCAGAUUUUUGGAACGUACCUCUUCUGCCGUGAUAAAAAGCGGUGAAUUGGAAGGUCUGAUUUUAACUGGUAUUACACCAAGUGGUAUCGAUCUUUUACAAUCUUAUGUGGACAAAACAAGUGACGUCCAAACGGCAGCUCUCAUAUCACUAUUUGGCUGCCCACGUUAUUUCAAGGACAAAAGGGUUGACGAAUGGGUGCAAACCUAUAGAUCAAUGCUUAACUCAUGGGGGUUAUUUGCCAUGAGAUCCAAGUUUGACUGUUUGAGAACAAAGCUAUCAGAGACGAGCAAUGGUGAGAUUAGGGCUGAAGUGAAACCAAGACAAAUGUACGUUCAAUGUAUGAACUGUAAAGAGAAUAUUAGCAAAACGAAUUCAUCUUUGUACAAUAACAACAAGUUUACGGGAGGAAGUAAUGGAUCCCUCCACAUGACCAAAAAAUACGGAAUGACAAAUACACCUUCACCAUUAGAGAGACAAAAUCGGAAGCAUUCCUGUCCCCACUGUGGUACACCUUUCCCACGAUGUGUAAUCUGCCUGUUGUCACUAGGCACUUCAAAUCUACCGUUUGUAAUAAACGGGGCUGAUCAACAACCACAAGAUCAAGUUCAAGAACCAGAUAAUGAGCAUGAUGAAGAUGAAGGACAAAUCGACCGAGGGAAUGAAAAUUACCAGGGGAAGAAAUUAAGGUUAAAUGAAUGGUUCAGUUUCUGUCUAAGCUGUAACCACGGAAUGCAUGCCGGCCAUGCUGAAGAGUGGUUCGAAAAGCAUAACGUGUGUCCAGCACCAGGAUGUUCCUGUCAGUGCAGUAAAUGA